AUGACUUUCCCCAGUAAGAGGAAAUUGGUAAAGCCGGAACAGUUCAGCGGGAAGAAGAAGACGAAUGUGCGUGGAAGAGUGAAAGCGGAAAAGCGGUCAGUGGGAAAUGUAGUGUCCAAUGUAGUGGACGCUGCACUGGUGAGUGCCCUCCCCGUGGGGUUGGCGCGAGGAAGUCGGCUGAAGAAGGGAGCCAUAAUCGAAAUAACCGUGUUUAACUGGAUGGUGUUUAGCGGGCCGGUGACGCUGAAGGCAGAAGAAGGAAUCAACCUGAUCGCUGCGGCAAAUGCAAGCGGAAAAUCCUCCCUCGUGUGCGCCCUGGUAUUUGGCCUAGGGUACACCUCCAGCAUCCUGUCCAGGAAUAAGGACCUAAUAAAUUACAUAAAAAAAGGAGAAAAAAAAAGUUUCAUAGAAAUUGUAUUAAAAAAAGACGAAAGGACAAACACAACCAUAAAAAGAAUUAUGCACAUAAGUCAGAAUAAGUUGGAAUCCUUUUGGUUCGUGAAUUGCAAAAAGGUUAACCAGACAGACAUACAGGAACUACAGAAGGAGUUCCACUUAAACUUGGGAAACUUAAUAACUUUCAUGCCGCAGGAAAACGUAAGUAGAUUUUCUAGGCUAAGUCCAGAAGAGCUAUUCGAAUGCACCCUCAUGGCGAUAGAUAAGAAUUUAUUAGACAGAUAUGAUGACUUAAAGAAGCUCAUAAAGGAAAAAAAGGAGGGAGAGAACAACAUGCAGUUGCUGGAACAUCAAGUGAAGGAGGAGGAAAAACGUAUAAACGACUUGGAAGAAAAAAAGGGGAAAUUUGAAAAUUUGAAAAAGUUACUCGCCAAGGUGAAGAUCUACCGCGUGAAGAAAUCCAUCAUGGCUAUGAGUGCGAAAAAGAAGCAACUGGCAGAUGUGAGAGCAAAAGUGGACUCCCUCGUGAAGGAGAAAAAUGAACACUUCGAGACGCUCAAACAAUACCUGUCCGAAUUGGAGAAGUGCCACAAGGUGAUCAAUCAUCUGUCGGAAAAGCUGUCUAAGGAAAAGAGUAAAAUAAAAGAGGCAACAUCUAAAUACGUCAAAAUCAAUGUUCAGCUAGAAGAAAUCGAAGCAGAAAUUCUCGGCGAAGAAAAAGUCAUGGAAGACGCAGUACAACACAUGCACGAAAAUGAGGAAUAUAUAAAAAACUUGGACAAAAAAAAAAAAAAAAUUGAAGAGGAGCUGGAACAGAUAGAAAAAUUUUUUCAAGAAAGGGCCAACCAAAUGGGGAUCCAAAAAGGAGAAGAUAAUCCAAACGCGUUAGAAAAAGCACUCCAAGAGGAACUCAAAAACAUUGCGAACACAAAUAAGCAAUUCCUGAUGAGGAAGUACGCGCUACAAACGGAGCAUGCCUCCUUAAUAGAGAAGCUACAAAAAAGGCAGAACUAUCAGAACAUACAGGAGGAGAAAUUCCUAAACAACAUAGAAUUCACCCUACGUGAAAGAAUAUUAAAUUAUAAAAGGAACAUAAAAAGUAUUGUACAGACACAUCACCUUUUAAGCGAAUCGUUUUUGGAAGAAAUGCGAAAGAAGUAUGACUUGUCGAAGAUCACAAAUCAGAACGAAAUGAACGGAGCAAUUAUCGACGAGUUGUCAAAGCAGAAUAUCAUUUAUGGGCCGCUGUGUAAAUAUAUUAAGUGUAUCAAGCCGCAAUUCGAUUACGUGUUGGAGUUUUCUCUAAAAAAAUACUUUAACAGCUUUUUGCUCAUCGAGAAGGAAAACACAUCCCUGCUGGAGUCGCUUUAUAAGACCUAUAAGCUGUCUGUAAUUACCAUGUCGAAGGAGAACCACAAGAUGUGUCACGUGACCAGUGAAAUGAGAGAACGUGGGGUCGAAUGUUUUAUUUAUGAAUUAUUUGAAAGUCCUGAGAUUGUAAAAAAUGGACUCAUGAAUUUCAUCCCCAUUAAUGUCUCCUUCGUAGUUCGGGAGGGAAGUUUUAAAAACAAAACAACCAAAGACAUAACCAACUUUAAUAACUUUAUGAUGAGAGAAAUUUCUAAACAGAUCAACGAACAGGUGAGUAGUCUCCUCUACUUCUGUGAACAGAAUGCACAUCGGUAUAGGAUAAGUUCCUACAAUAAAAAUGUCUUUAUAGAUAACUUCGCCUUCAUAGAUAGGAGGUGCAAGAUAUUGUAUUACAUCUCCUCGGAGGUGAAAAAAGACAUUGACGCCUUGGAAAAAAGGAGAAAAGAAUGCGAAUCAGAGAUGGACACAUUAAAGGAAAAAAUGGACGAAUUAGAUGUUUUAAAAAAGCAAAAAAAUGACCAACACAAUAAUCUUAUUCUACAAAAAAGUGAGGCAAAUAUUAGGAAAAAAAAGAAAGCGCUUCUACUUAAGGAAUUGCAAACGGUGGAACAGAAUCUUAAACUUUAUCUCAAAGGGGAACAACUCAUCGAUGAGAAAAAAAAUAGAAUAACCAAGCAGAUUAACCACCUGAAUGAGAAAAAAAUAAAGCUCUGUAGUGACUACUUUGACACGCUAAAGGAGCACAAAGGAAACGACAUGAAAGCGUUUUCCAUUUGGAAGAAACUCUCCCAGUGGAAAAGAUACCUCUUACUCAUCAAAAGCGAAAACGCAGAAAGUGAGAAAAAACACGAACUGCUCAAAUCGCAAAUAGACCUGGAAAACACGAAACAUGCUGCCCUCACACGCGAUAUUGAGGAGCUGGAAAAUCUGAUCAAAGUACAAAAGGCAGAACUGUCUAAGGAAGAACUGAAGUCACUGAACGAGAUUAAAGUCUCCCUCGAGGAGAUAGAUGACAUCCUCCAGCAGUGCGCCAUUCAGCAAAAGAUUUACAACAACUUGGAAAAAAAUGAGGAAAAAUAUAAUAUGCUCGUUUUAUCCAUAGAAAGGCACAAUGAAAAUGUAAAACAAAAGAAGGAACAGCUGAUUAACCUAGGGAAGGAAAUCGAAACGCAGGGCAAGCAGAUUCAGUUCAUCCUGUCCAACUGGGUAAACCAAAUAGACGAAUGUAUCCUCUUCCUCAAUCACAACUUAGGCAAAUUUAUAGCCUUUAUAAACCCCGACUACGGUGCAAAAAUUGAACUCGUUAAAAAAAACGACCUCUACGAACGGUGCGAAUUGUACAUAAAAGUGAAGUUUAAAAAGACUGCUCCUUUUUUGCUACUCUCUGUUUCGCAUCAAUCAGGAGGGGAGCGUUCCCUCACCACCAUGCUGUAUAUUCUAUCCAUUCAAAAGCUGACCAAAAAUGGUUUCUACGUACUGGACGAACUGAACCAAGGAUUGGACCAAACAAAUGAGAAGAAAAUUUUCGAAUUGCUGUCAUGCCUCUCCAACCCUACCAUGUAUAAGCAGCACUUCAUGCACCACCACGAUUAUAAGCACAUCGAAAUUGACUACCAGUCCAAACCACAGUACUUCAUCUUGACGCCACAAAUAAUUCGUGACAUCUUCUUUAAGGACAUCACCGUGCAUUACCUGUUUAACGGCUUCGGCGUCCUCUCUGGGCAAUUCGACGAGGUGGACGGCGAGUUGGACAAUUUAUAG